AUGUCUAGUUCCAUUAUUGAAAUUUCCUUCAUAAGUUUCUCCGUUAGCUAAGAUUUCUUUNUAAAAAUUAGUACAGAAAGAUUAGAGGAUUUAAAAAAAAGUAGGGAAAGAUUAGAAGAUUUAAAAAAAAGUCGAGAGAGAUUAAAUUAAUUAGAGGAGUUAAGAAAAAGUAGAUAAAAAUAAGAAGAAUUAGAAGAAUUGAAAAAAAGUAGAGAAAGACAAAUUUAAAUUGAAGAUUUAAAAAAAAGUAGAGAACGUCUUGAAGAUCUUCGAAAUAGUCGAGAAAAGCUAUAAUAAUAGGAAUUUGAAAGAAAAAAUAACGAGAAAAUGGAAGAACUAAAGAAAUCUAGAGAAAGAAUUGAAGAGCUUAAAAAGUAAAGAAAACAAAUUGAGGAAUAAAGAAUUUAUUAGGAGAUGUUAGAAUUAUAAAAAAGAUAAAAAGAAGAGAUAGAUUUGUUAAAGAAUUAAGAAAGAUUAUAAGAUUUGAAAAAGAGUAGAGAGAAAAUAGAUUAAAUUGAAAAUUUAAGAAGAAGUAGAGAAUAAGAAAGAGCAAUACAAGAAAUGAGAAGAAGCAGAGAAAAAAUAUAAUAAUUUAAAGAAGCUGAACUAAGAAUUUAAUAGUUAGAAAAAUAGCAUAGAAGUAUAGAAAGAAGCAGAUAAUUGGAGAAAAUAGAAAGAGAUUUAGAAUAUGAGAGAUAAAGAAGUUAGGAAAGGAUUUAAAGAUUAGAAUUAGAAGCAGAAAUUGAAAGAAAAUAAAGAGAAAGAGCUUUAGAAGAAGAAAUUAAUUUUGUUUAAAGUAGAAUUUAUGAUACACCAAAGAAGAGAUAUUGA